GCCUUCUAUGGCGGUUAUUUUCAUGCUUCUAUGGAAAAAGGUUGUUUGUCUUUCAAGCACUUUAAAUAUUCUGAAGUAGGAGCCCUUCGGCUACUGAUGGAAGUUUAAGGAGAUCGUGAAUAACCUUGGAAACACGAUUUUGAUAAACGUUGGUGUCCAGGCUUACUAUAAUUUGACGGUCAAAAUGGCGAAUUUGGCCCUUAAUGUGAAUGUGAGAUGGAAUGUUUUAAUCGCUCUGCUAAUAAUUUUCUCUGUAGCAUUUUUCCUGUAUUAUUCUUCUCCUUGGAAGGCAUGGCCUAAAUCUGCAGCUAAAAAACAAGCAGAAGAGAGUGCUGUUGGUAAAUAUUUCACGUGGAAUACUAAGGAUCGUACUAAGGAUCAAAUAUACUACAAAGAAGUCGUACCUCAGGUAUCAGAAAACACCCGAUUUACAGUUAUACUGCUGCAUGGACAGUUGUUCACGUCCGAAAAUUGGGAUAACAUCGGAACUUUGAAGGCGUUGGCUGCCAAAAGUUACAAAGCCAUCGCUGUGGACUUGCCAGGACAUGGUCACUCAGAAUCUGUAAAGGCUCCUUCAGAUGAAGAUGAGAAAGUAAAUUUUGUGUCUAGUUUGAUAGAGAAUCUUGGUGUAGACAGGCCAGUUUUAGUGGCACCUUCGAUGAGUGGUUCGUACGUGUUGCCGGCGUUAAUGGAAAAGGAUCUCAGGAUAAAGAUAAGGGGAUUUAUUCCAGUUGCACCAGGAGCCGUUGCUAAAUAUGAAGAGAACGACCUUAGGAAGCUGAAUCUUCCAACUCUGAUAGUUUAUGGCGAGUUGGACAAAAAUUUUAAACCGUUUUUUCCAUUAAUUAAGAACAUUCCUAAUAGUGAAGUUUUUAUGAUGAAGAAUGCAAAGCAUGCAUGCUACCUUGACAAACCAGAGGAAUUCAAUGCAAGGAUAAUUGAAUUUCUUGACAAGCUGUAGAAUUGGACAAAAACAGUUGAUGUUGGGAGUGGAGACAUAUUUGAGUGACAGGGUUGAUCAUUGGAAAUUGUGAAAGUAGUAUAUUCUUGCAGUAGUUCUACCAAACACCGGUCUUUAACUUAAUAAGCUGCCAUGCCCAGUUAGGGAUGACAAUGCCAAGGGUGCCAUGUGUCUCAACCCUUUACACCCUAACAUCAGAAUGCAUAUUCUCCAUACUGUUCUCUAUACAUUUCCUGAGGUGCUCUCAUGGAGAAUUUGUUUAACAAUCAAGAGCAUCUUUCAUUGGUGAUCAUUUUCUCUAUUCUCAUGACCUUAAUGUGUGAUUCACAGGUGAUACAGCAAGGAGAAGUUAGAUGCUAAUCACUCCUAGGGUGUAAAGGGUUAACCUUUUUAUUACAUCCAUUUUGAAAUCACUGGUGGUCCCUGUAAUCUGAUUGGCUCUAAUUGGUGCGAUUUAUUCAUGAAUUGCACCAUUUUUUGCUUUAAAUCGCAUCUUUUUUCCAGCCAAUGAGGAGGCUACACUAAAAACAAAACAACCAAUCAGACUUCAAGGCUUGUUUUAAGUAACCAAUCAAAUUGCAGGAAGAUGAAAGACAUGAAGGAUCAUGUGGCAAAUUUUGCAACUUUUGUUUCCAAAACUCUUAUUUUUUCCUCCCAAAAAAUGGAUGAAUUUAAGUCCUGUAUUUGGGCAAUUUCAAAAUGGAUGUAAUAAAGUGGUAAUUGAACCUUGUGUUGUGCAAUUUUGGUCUGAAAUCAUACUUGUGAUUUCAAAUUGAACUCGCACUGCGCGCUCGUUCAAUUUUGAAAUCACGCGUAUGAUUUCAGCCCAAAUUGCACUCCACUUAGUUCAAUUACCAUUAUUAACUCCCCUGAUGGUCCUUACAAUAUCAAUACAAUAUCAACCAGUUUGGUGAUGAGAAGAAAGAAAAAUAUCAAUUAGGAGAUUAUAAAUUGAUCCAAUACCAAAUUCUCCAAGUUAGCAUCACAAGAACUGUAUGACAGAUGCCAAGGAUAAUUACUAAUAAAAUCUUGGGAGUUAGUGAGUAAUGAGGAAAAAUGCUCCUUAACUCAUGGUGUCAGGACUCUUAUGCUGGCAUGCUGAAUACUUUGUUCUUAAGGACUGCUACAGCAUUGAAUGGAUUAUUACAAAGGAACCUGUCUUUUAAAUUCAAUGAGAAGUGACAGAUUGCUUCAUUCCCCCAAAUAGUAGAGCUCAGUUGUAGGGCACACCACAGGACUAGACUCCAGACCCCAGGUAGUGGUUGCAGGUCUCCUGGUGUGUUCACUCAAUAAGGCUAACACGAUUAAUGAUAUUGUUUUCAUCACAUUGCCUUUAGACAGAAAAGCUACUAGUGGCUAAAGGAUAUUUUUGUUUGACAUAACAGUAGAUUCUCACUGUAUGUGCAGUGAAAUGUGUGGCAUGUAGGUGUUGUUAAGACAAAGGAUUCAAAGUAUGGAUACUACUACAUUGAAGGUUAAGUCAUGAAUUUCCAGAGAGAUUGGUAUACUACAUUGAUGGUCUGGAGAAUACUUAACCCUUUAACUCCCAGAAGUGACCAAUAUGAAACUUCUCUAAAUAUCCUUACAUUAUCCAGCAAACAGCUAAUGAGAAUGUUUUAACUAAUCAGGUAGAAGUUACCUUGAUCUAGCACCAAAUUCUCAUAACUAAUUUACAAGGAAAUGUGUAGCAGCUAGAGGGCAGAAUUACCAAUCAGAUCUUGGGAGUUAAUUUCACUCCCAAGGGUUAAAGGGGUAAUAUAACUCCCAAGAUUUCAUUAGAAAUUCUCCUUACUGUCUGUCAUGUAAUUCAAGUGUUAGCUAGGAGAAUUUGGAAUUGGAUCAAACAAUAAUCCCCUUAUUGAUAUUUUUCUUUAUUCUCAUUACUUGUCCACUUGAUGUUGUACUGUAAGGAGAAAUUCUGUCUAGGUCACUAAUAGGACUUGAAGGGUUAAUUAUUCACCAGAAGUUAAUGGAAGUACAUAGACCUCCACAAUUUGGAAAAGCCAAUGUGUUUACAUCAACAAAGUGCAUUAACAUCAGUCAAUAUGUUUGAUAAACCAGUGACAUAUCAACCAAACUAAGGCUGAAGAUUUGUAAUACAUUGUAUGCCAAAACCAUUCUUGGACACUCACCUCUAGUGCUAGACCUGAAUACUAUUUCAUUACAUUUGUAAACUCAAAAUAAAAUUGUCCAGACAAGUAGACUAAGAAUAAAGAGAGUUAAUGAGAACUUUCUUACUCU